AAUCCACCUUUCACAACUUCUGAAUCACUGCUGUACAGAUUUUGUUGUGUUGCUGAAUCUGAAACCUCCGCUGAGUGAGGGCAACAGGAAACACAGGGAGCGCCAGCGCUGGACUUUGACCAUGCAUGAAUUCCCGUAGAGUCACGAUGACCUCACUGAAGGAGAAGCUCUGGAUAACUCUGGAGGAUUUGAGGGAGGAGGAAUUCAAGCAGGCGAAAUGGCUCCUCCAGCAGGCAGACAUCAUGUGCACGCUUGUGCCACAUCUUGAAGUCUACUCCGCCAUCCCCGUGACCCGGCUGGAGAGGGCAGACAGGCAGGAUACCGUCGUUCAGAUGGUGCAGAGCUACGGCCCGCACGGAGCUCUGGAGGUGACCAGGAAGGUUUUAAUGAAGAUCAACAGAAAUGACCUGGUGCAGAGAUUACCGGACAUCCCCUCGGCACCAAACAGAACGUCACAGGAAGAUUUGAUGGUGCCAGUACCAAAACCCCCAAAGCCAAUCACCUCAUACCAGCAAAUACUCCAAUCUAACCUUCAGAACCGGUUCAUGUGUGUACAAGAAGGUCUGUCAGAUAUGGAAGAUAAAAAACUUCUGGAAGAUAUCUUCACAGAGCUCUACAUCACAGAUGGAGGCGACAUGCAACUCAACAGGCAACAUGAGGUCAGGCAAGUUGAGAUGGCAUCAAGAAAACCAGCAGGAGCAGAGGUGCUAAUCAAACACAGUGACAUCUUCAAACAUCCCUCUGGAAAAUACCGACCCAUAAGGACAGUGCUCACCAAUGGCAUCGCAGGAAUUGGGAAGACAUUUCUCGUGCAGAAGUUCAUCCUUGACUGGGCCGAAGGAAGAGCCAAUCAAGACGUGCAUCUCCUGUUCCCCUUCACCUUCCGCCAGCUGAAUUUACUGAAGGGGAAAAGAUUUUGUCUCGCCAAACUAAUUCACAAAUGUAUCAAAGAAACCAAAGACAUUGGAGAGGAUGCUUUGAAUUACAUUUUCACCGCACUGCAGAUGUCAGGAAACACCAACUAUGACAAGAGUAAAUUUAAACUUCUGUUCGUGUUGGAUGGAUUGGAUGAGAACCGUCUUCAUCUGGACUUUGGCGCCAAAGAAAAAAAUACCAUUGAUGCUACAAAGUCAGCUGGAGUUGAAGGACUGCUGAUGAACCUCAUUAAAGGGACUCUACUUCCCUCCGCUCGUCUCUGGAUAACCACACGACCUGCAGCAGCCAAGCAAAUCUCUCUAGUGUGUGUUGACGUGGUGACAGAGGUCAGAGGGUUCACCGACCCACAGAAGGAGGAGUACUUUACCAAGAGAUUCUGUCACGACGAGAAUGCCGGCAAGAUCAUCUCCCACAUCAAGACAUCGCGAAGUCUCCACAUCAUGUGCCACAUCCCAGUUUUCUGCUGGAUCACUGCAAUGGUUUUGGAGGAUGUGUUGAGAACCAGUGAGAAAGGAGAGCUGCCCAAAACGCUCACUGAGAUGUACACAGAGUUCCUCAUGUUUCAGAUCAGACAGACGAAAGAGAAGUACAGCACAAAAAAGAGCGUUCAGUACGUUCAGUCACUUGCAAAACUGGCUUUUAACCAGCUGGAGAAAGGAAACCUUAUCUUCUACGAGAAAGACCUAAAAGAGAGUGGAAUUCGCCUGGAUGAAGCAUCUGUGUACUCCGGAGUGUUCACACAGAUCUUCAAAAAGGAGCGCUGCAGAAAGAGGGACAAGGAAAAGGGCCGAAUGUUCAGUUUUGUCCAUCUGAGCAUUCAGGAGUUUCUGGCUGCUUUUCACGUGCAGCUCUCACUCAAUAAUAACAACAAGAACGUCAUGACCUCCAAAAGUCUGGGGAUGCUUUUCAGCAAAACAUCUGCAGCAGAGCUCCAUAGGAUUGCUAUUGACAAGGCCUUGGAGAGUCCAGAUGGACACCUAGACUUGUUCCUCCGGUUCCUUUUGGGUCUUUCAUUGCAGACCAAUCAAGAUCUCUUGGCAGACCUAUUGAAAAAGAAAAGAGUUAGCUCAAACAGCAUUCAGGAAACAAUCCAGUACAUCAAGGAGAAGCUCAAGCAAAAUCUGUCUCCAGAGAGAAUCAUCAACCUGUUUCACUGCCUGAAUGAGCUGAGCGAUCGCUCUCUAGUAGAGGAGAUCGAGCAGCACCUGAGUUCAGGCAGAAUCACCAAAAUGUAUCUCUCUCCUGCUCAGUGGUCGGCUCUGGUGUUCAUCUUGCUGUCCUCAGAAAAACAUCAUGAUGUGUUUGACUUAAAAAAAUACUGCAUCUCAGAGACGGGCUUUCUGACACUUCUGCCGGUGUUUCAGACCUCCACGACAUACCUGUUGAAUGGCUGUGAUCUGCACAGAUCAAGCUUUAAAACUCUGGUCUCAGUUCUCAGCUCCCAGCCAUCUCAUCUGAGAGAGCUGGAUCUGAGCAGCAACAACCCUGAUGAUGAAGGAGUGGCUCUGCUCUCUGCUGGACUGAUGAAUCCGAACUGUAGACUGGAAUCACUCAGGUUGAGUGACUGCGAGCUCUCAGAGAGAAGCUGUGACAGUUUGGCCUCAGUUCUCAGCUCUGAGACUUCUCAUCUGAGCGAUCUGGACCUGAGUAACAACGGCCUGCAGGAUUCGGGAGUGGAGCGGCUCGCUGCUGGACUUCUGAGUCUUCACUGUAAACUGAAAACUCUCAGGCUGAAUUUGUGCAGACUGUCGUGGAACAGCUGUGAAGCACUGGCCUCGGUUCUCAGCUCACGGUCAUCUUGUCUGAAACAUCUAGAGCUGAGUAACAACAACCUGCAAGAUUCAGGAGUGAGAGCGCUCUCUGGGGGACUGGAGAAUCCACAAUGUGAACUGGAAACCCUCAGGUUGUCGGGCUGUCAGGUCACAGAGGAAGGUUGUGUGUCUCUGGCUUCAGCUCUGAGCUCCAACCCGUCCCAUCUCAGAGAGCUGGACCUGAGCUACAACUACCCGGGAGACUCGGGAGUCAAGCUGCUUUCUGCUGGACUGGAGGAUCCAAACUGGAGACUGGACACUUUAAGGUCUGGAGGAGUGGAACCUGCUCACUGUCGCUGGUUGAAUUCUGGUCUGAAAAAGUAUGCCUGUAAACUCACACUGGACCCAAACACGGCCCACAGAGACCUCGUUCUGUCCGAUGACAACAGGGAAGUGACCCGGGGGAGGGAGGAGCAGCCGUAUCCAGAUCACCCCGACAGAUUUGACGGCUGGUUUCAGUUGCUGUGUCGAGAGGGUCUGACUGGUCGCUGUUACUGGGAGGUAGAGGUGACUGGAAGGACUCACAUUGCAGUGACUUACAAGGGAAUCAGUCGGAGCGGGGAGGCUGCAGACUGCUGUCUCGGAUGGAAUAAAAAGUCCUGGAGUCUAGAGUACACUGAUGACGGGUACUACGCCUGGCACAACAGAAGUCUCAAUGACAUGUAUUCUCACCCCACUGACCAUACCAGAGUGGCAGUGUAUCUGGACUGGCCUGCCGGGACUCUGUCCUUCUACAGAGUCCCUGUAGACACAGACCCCUUUGACACGCUGACUCACCUCCACACCUACUACUCCAGAUUCACUGAACCCCUCUACCCCGGGUUCUGGAUCGGGCUGGAGUGCUCAAUGACCCUGUGUGACAUGGACACCGCUCACCCUGUCGAUGAAGACGGACACUGAAGGGAGCGGUUUUUCCUCGAGAAUUACGACAAGUUUGAUACAACUCUCAGACUCUUACAUUAAUUGUAUUUUAUUCUGGGCCAGACGUAUUCAACUAAUAUAGAAAGAGGUCCAGUUACUCAAAUUUCCUCCCAGACAAAGGUUCGAACCUCAUAAUGUCCAUCAAAUAAAAUCAACAACGUACAAUUCCAUAUAAUUUCCACAAUAAUUAUUAUCAACAGUUUUAACAUGCAGACACAUUAUGGCACUGAAGUUAGUCCAUGCACAGUGAACUUACAUAAUAACCAGUGUCUUAAGUAAAAGGAAGAAAUAAAAAGUGACAACAGUGUG